AUGCCUAGACGCUCCCUCCGCCUACUAGGCUACACCACUGCCGUAACCGGCCUAGCUGGCUACAGCAUCCACCGUGGACUCAACCAUCUGGAAGAAAAGUACCCAGCACUUCCUCUCGCAGCGGGCAGUAGAGCCCUCCGCAAACCACAGAGCCCAGACACUCAGCGUUGCGCAUAUACCGACAUCUACGCAGCACAAAUACCCCUGCAAGCCCUCGAAGCCCGGGUCCCAAACCAAAAGACACCAACAAAAACAGAGCUCGAGUAUUCCUGGGCUAGAUCUGUCAUCGGAACCAAGAUCCUACGAACUGAGGGUUCUCUCAUCGGACUCCUCGCGAAUUUCCGCUUCACACCGUGCGAUACAGGCACAUCAGAGGGCGGAUUCUCGCCGGAUGAAACCACCGGUGCACCGCGCGUUCUGCUGAACGGUAUGUUCCAAGUGCAGCGGCUCCCCGCUGCUGAUGCAGAUAGCAAUGGACUACUUGUUUCGUUGAAAUUGCCGGACGAUCCCCGUGAGUUCUUUGAGAAGAUUGCGCGGUGGGGAUAUCCAUGGCGCUUGAUGUCGUCUCUGCGACAUGAGAUGAGUGUUUCUGAGCCGUUCCAGGUGAAUGGACGGGGGAGGUUUGUAGAGGUUCGGUUCUCAACUGCGCAUGAUUAUGAGAUUGUGGAUGCAGAGGGGGAGUUGGAAAAACAGAAAAUCAUUCCAGCUUGGACUUUGAGGUUGCAUCGUGGGUAUGCUAGGUUUGUUCUUGAUUCGGCUGUUCGAGAACUGCUGCGGGAUGUCGAGAAAUGA